AUGGCUAGUUUUGUCGCCAAGAUCCUAACUCCGUUCAAGUCGGCUGAAUUUGUGCUUGUUGAAAGCCUGCGGUGUCUUCACACAGGAAGUGUUCUCUGUGCUGAGCCUAUGAAACGAAAAAAGCGCGUAGACCCCCAGCAAGAACAGAAUAGAAUUCGCCGGAAAACAAGGCGCAUUGAAAAGGAGAUAAAGCGCCUUACUAAACAGGGCAAGAAGCUUAAACCUGUAGAGGAAAUUGAAGGUGAUCGACAACUAAUGAAAGAAGAGCACGAACGCCGACGUCCACCUCAGGAGAUCUCAUCGACCGAAGCAGACAAUCGCGUGCUGCUACUCAAGGAGUGGGCGCGUUUCCAGAGCCGCGUUGCUAGGGCAGAGGAGCAAAAACUAAGCACCGUCAUCGCGGCACAGCAGCGGGCACUGCGAGCUCUUGCCUUGCUGUCACCGCAUCACCUCUAUGCAGCCGCGAUAAAGCCCACCGCCUCGGAGGCACUGCACCUCCACACAAGCGGACCCUACGCCACUCCUCCUCCGCGCAUCGCCGGCCAAUACGAGGCGCCGGACGGUGAGAUAAUUGACAAGACGCCCACAUUCGAGUACGACUUCGAGCUUGACAGGAGGCUCCUGGCGGAGACGAAGCGAAACAAAUUCGUCAAAAUCUCGGCCAAGAAACCCACUCCGGUUGAGGAGUAA